GUGAUUUUAUUGGUGAUUGGGUAGACUGAUUCGCUUUUUUGAUGCUGUAACGUCCAUGAAGAAUGUAGCACUCACCAGCAUUAUCUUAGUUUAUCAUGCUAUAACUUGUGAUGUUUUCGCGAAUAAUUAUAUUCUGCUUUCUAGUUUCGACAAGCUGUGUAAAGAAAGACAUGACAAAGGAUUUGUCGCCAAUUAUGUAGUGGAUGAUAUUACAAUUCGUGAACAGUUAGUGUUAUCGUGGCCUGGGGAUUUAAAUACGUCCUCGUUUUAUAAUCCUCCAAGGAAUCCGAAAUUUGCAUUGUGUCCUGGAUUAGUCAUUCAUCCUUCUGGUCGUUUUGUAAAAAGAUCAUUUCCAGAAGGUCUAGCUCUCUUUUGGUUAUUAAGAGCUAAUAUUCACUUUACUUGUCCUAAAAAUGCUCAUUUAUCUGAAUCAUUUUAUCUUCAAUUGGAACAAUGGAUUGAAUCGUUGGAGUGGAACACAAAACACUGGCGACAAGAUGCUUUAAAGGAUCAAGAUGGUGAUACCAUAGAUUCAACUAGUAUCGGAGAAGCACCUGAUGAAAUCUUACUGAUCAACUGCUCGAGUUCUUACGUUGGUCAGUCUAACCAUUGGAGUUUAUCUGGAUAUUUACGAAGAAUUCGCAUUACUUGGAAGCUGAGAAAUGAAACAGAAGUUACAGAUCUUACAACAAUUACAAACACAUCACUGUCGAGUACUUCUUCUUCCUCUUCUGUUAUCUUUUUGAAUACAAGUUUCAGUGACUCUUCAUUGCCAUCACCAUCCCAAUUCAACAAUUUGAAUAAUCAACAUCUUUCUAGAUCAGGCAUUAAAUUUCUUGUGCGUAUCUCUUCACAUAUGCUAUUUGUAGGAAAUUUCUCUAUGGAACGCCAGAAAGCAUUAUGUGAAUUUUUCUCUGGAUUUUGGUGUCUUCAAUCUUUAUCUACUUCUAAUACUACGUCAACUAACCAUCAUCACCAGGACAACCAAAGUAGUCUAUUAUCAUCGUCUACGUCAAUGUCGUCCUCACCACUAACAUCAUUGCCCAAUCAAUAUAAUAUCUUAUCAAGUAAACAUCCUAUUUGUGUUCAAGCUACAAUGCUGUGUGAUAGCCUUCCAGAUUGUGAUUUGAGAGUACCUAUGAAUGAGGUUAAUUUAUCACUAGAUGAAGCAAAUUGUAAUAUGAUCCCAUCAAAUUAUUCCCUGAAAACAUCUAAAUCAUAUAAAGAUGAUCAUUGGAUAUCUAAAUUACCAUGGAUAAUUCUUGCACCGGUCCCUGUUAUAUUAAUCUGUGCUCUAAUACGUAUAUGUUCACAGAAACGUCAAUUAGACAUGAUUGAAGAUAAUAAUAUUAAUAUAAAUAAUCAUAAUGAAUGGUCAACAGUAAUCUCCAGUUCCACAGUAACAACAACAACAACAACUACUACUAAUACAAAUCAUUGUGAUAAAUGUUUACAUAUGCAAUACAAAAAAUUACCUACUAAUUAUUUUAUAAUUAAACGUAAAUUACGCAAUUAUCAAGGAAGUAUACCGGGAAUAUUGAAUCGAAUCAAUAAAUUAUCUAGUGUUACUGAAGUUGAUGAUGAAAUUGAUUCCAAUAUAGAUCAACAAGUGAAUAUAUUGAAAAUGAAACCAUUAAAUAAUAAUAAUAAUAAUAAUGAUCAUAAGUUUAAAACAAAAUCGGCAAAUAAUUCAAAUCGUUGUGAUAAUUUAUUACAACAUUGUUAUUCCUUACCUGAGUUUACUAUAAAGCAUCAUGAUAACGAUGAUAAUGAUGAUGAUAAUGUUAGAUUCAACAGUGAUUUAAUGUGUUAUAGUGUUAACAAUGUGAUUAUUUCCAAUCGAAAUUUUCAUGCAAUCAGUACUUGUUCAAGUCGUGAAGCAAGUUUCGAUGAUAAUGGGGAUGAUGAUGAUGAUGACAGGCUUAAUAUCAAUCAAAAUCUUAUCACACAUUAUCAAUCGAUAGAAGCAUUUAAUAAAAGUAAAAGUUGUAAUAGUUUACAUGAAACAAAAACACAAAAUGAAAGAAUGAAUUAUUUAUCAAUUUCUCCUUGUUCUUCCACUUCAUCAUCAAUAGAUUAUAAUAAUAAUGAUGAUAAUAAAAGGAAUCAUGUAUGACAAUAAUCAAUUCAUACAAAAUUCUCCUAAAUCAAUAAUAUUCAAUCAAUAUUCUAAUGAUUAUUUAUUAUCCAAUAUAAAAUUUAAUAAUAGCGCUCAAUAUAAUAUGAAUGAUAAUAAUCAAUAUCAUAAGGAUAUAAUAAAAUAUUAUUAUUAUCAUCCAUCAAGAAAUAUUUCAUUAUCUUCUACGACGACAACAACAACAACAACAACAACGACAAGAAGAUCUUCAUCGAUAUUAUGUAAUUAUCAAGAGAAAUUUAAUUAUAUACCAUUAAAUGCUUCUUCUUCUUCUUCUUGUUGUUGUUGUAAUGAUGAUAAUGAGAUAUGUUAUUGUUCAUCUAUGAAUACAUUGGAAAUACCUAGAAAUAUUUCUAUAUUAUCAAAAUGUAUAAACUAUAUUCAUCAUCAAUUAAUGAAUUCUACAUUUAAAUUUAAUGGUAAUUAUAUAAAAAAUCAUUAUGUAUAUAAUAGUAAAACAAAAAUUAUGAAUGAUGGAAUAUAAGUAAUAUAAGUAGUAUAUAUAUAUCAUAAUAGAAAUGAUUGAUUUCCUAUGGAUAAUAUUCAACUUCUUCGAAACCUAACUUAUCUGCAUUUAUACUUAUUUCCCUGUUGCUUUGAGAAUCACAAUUUUUUUUUUCUAAAAAAAAAAGAAAAAAACAACGAUGUUUUCUCGUUAACAACUACAGAUGGGAAUAGUUAUCUCAUUGUUUUACCAUUUUUUUUUCGAUGAUACUCUUUAUUUAUACUUUAUAGAACUGAUUAUUUAACGAAUUUUAUUUUUGUUUUUUCUUCCAAGAACACCCCCCUCUCUCUCUCUCCAAUGUUUAUUUCAAACAUUUUUGAAGUUUGCUUUAUAUUAGAUCUAUGAUCAAACAAAUAUGGAAUUGCAUUUAGUUAUAUUCUUAUAAUCUACACAAUUCUCAAUGCAUUUUUAAGUUUCUAUUGUUGUUGUUGUUGUUGCUGUUUUUGUUUUUCUGUAUUUUUGUUUACAUUUUUAUUCUGAAUCAUUCAUAUUGACUGAUUUUCUACUUUUAUACACACACAACAUGUUUCUUUUCUUCAGUUUUGUUAUUGUAUUGUAUAUGAUUGAUUUCAUUUAUAUUGUUAUGUGUAUAUUCUCUUGUUACUAGUUAAUGUUUUUUUUUGUUGCUUAGAGAGAUAUUCCACGCACAAAAAAAAAAAAAACAUUCAGUAUUAUUUUGUCUAUGAGGUUAGUUUUAGAAACAAAACAAAACAAAAUGUGUGUAUCGUAUGUUUUAUUUACUCCCCUAUAAACAUAAAUUCUAAUCGAUUUUUUUUCUUGUUGUUGUUGUUGUUGUUGAAGCAAUGACGAAGUAAUCAGAAUGAUUACAAUAUAACUAUAGUGAUUUAUUGUUGAGACUGUAUUUAGUUGAAUGCUUGUUAAUGUUAGAUUUUCAUGGGAAAGAUGUACAUACUAAUGUAUCACUUAGUCCUAGAUAGUAGGUGAACAUUCAAAAGGUCAUUGUGUAAUGUCACUCAAAGGUUGCACAUAAAUUACAGUCUCAUCGAUGGUGAUUCUUGAUAAGAGAAUAUUUUUAUUCAUAGAACGACGACGUCAGUAUGUAU